AUGAUAGCGGAUUCAUCAGUUUUGAAAAAGCACACAGCAAUCAAGAGAAGUACGAGAAUAAUAUCGCUAACACUCGUUUUGCUUGGCGUAUUUAGCUUCUUACUACUUACAUGGAAUGACUCCUUGGAAUUCUACAACUCUGCUGACCCUAGCGAAAACAAAAAAAAUAGUGAGGAAGAAAGUGAAAAGAAGUUCGUUUACAAGUUGCCAAACUUAUUAAAGACAGCAGACAGUUUUCUAAGUAAUGAAAAUGAACUAAAUUUCCAAAAAGUCAAAGAAGAAAUUUCAAAUAUUCAAAGCGAGGUUGAAGUCGACAUCCCAGAACCCUCAUCCAAAGCUACAUCAAAAUUUUCUUCAAGAUCGUUCCAAACUGAUAAUGUCGUGACGGCGACGACCACAACAACACUAAAUCCACGGUCAUCUUCUCUGGCCUUGCAGAAAAACUGCGAUCACAAAAAAUUCGACCCUAGAACAGAUUUUCUAGAUAUAAUAAGAACCUCUCCAGCGGUAUUAUUCAUUAAAUCAUCACAAGCAGACUCCAUUUUCUUAAAAAAUCUAUUACAAAGAGAAUUUGAGAUUUCACCCGAAUUGGCCACUGUUGAUUUGGAAAAACACUCUCAUGGCUAUGAAUUAGAAAAGUAUAUCAAACAAAAUAAACUAAAUAUCGAUACUAGUGCUGCCUUGGAAUCCAUUCAGUCGCCUUAUUUAUUUUUGAAUGGUAUUUCCGUGAUAAAUCGUGGAAUGGUGAGAGAUAUAAUCGAACCUCAUUCGAAGGGAUUGCUACUACCUCUUCUAAAGUCUGAAGCGCGUGGCAACUUGCUGGUAGAAAAAAAAGACAUCCCUUCUAAUUCUUAA